UGGGGACGCUUCACGUUUGGUAUGCGGAAUAAUAAAUUCUAUAAUUUUCAGUCAAAAUAUAGAAACGAAAUCCAAAUGAAUCUUACAUCUUUUGAAUAAACUGUUAUUAAGGUCGUGCUGAAAUUUUAUCUUAAACUACUGUAUUGCCUUAAACGGGUAGAGUGGGAGGGGCUUAACCACAUUGUUGACAGUAUUUCACAGUUGAAAUUUUACUGUCGUGAUACACCGAUAGCGUUUAAAUAUCUUGUCAAACUCGCUAAAAACGAAUGCUCUAUGACGGUGUAUUGGAUAUGUCAGGAUUAUGAAAAGUUUUAAUGAAAACGUUCAGUGAUUUUUUUUUCAAAAAAGAGGAAAAAUGUAUGUUGCUUAAUAAACAAAUUAACUUACUUAACUUAACUUACGUGUAUGGAACAAUAAGACAUCUGUUUACAACAGGAAUCUAUCAUUUUGUUUCUGCUUAUGCAGAAAUGAGCGCCAAAAACACGGAUUUUGGAACUUUUAUGGAAAUAUCACCCUUAAAGUAACAGUUUUACAUACGUUUGAUUGAUCUCAAACGUCAAAACACCUAUAAUAUUGCAUGAAGUUGUGUGGGAAUUUUCGCAUCUACUUUGACGCACUAUUGGUCAACGUAACUAGUUAUCUCACAUUUGAUUGGUCAUUUGAACAUCCAGUAUCAUUCUCUUUUACCAGUAUCUACAUUUGAGUACAUAGAAUAGUUUCAAUUCAAAGAGAAAGACACGUAAACAUACCUAAUACAUAGAUUGUCACAUUUUAAAAUCAUUGUAUACAUGUAUAGUACAUGCAUUAUAUAUCAGUUUAAUUCUGGAAGCAAAGGAAAAUACAAACAAGUGUAGUGUAUUUUAUACGCGCAUUGUGUUGCUUGUAUGUGCAAUGUGGAAUUUAUCUGUUCCAAGUGACACUACUAUGGGUAUGCUCUCAGAAAUAAAUAAAGAUGGAAGCCAUACGCUUUGGACACACAAAACAGUCGGAAUGCCGUCAGCACAACGUGAGCUUUGCGCCGGAUGUUGUCGCCAUAUAGAAGAUCGUUACCUCAUGAGAGUUGUCGACUUGAGUUGGCACGAGCACUGUCUCCAAUGCUGUGUAUGCCAGAUGCCACUCACAGGCUCGUGUUUCGUCAGGGAUCGAAAACUCUACUGCCGAUUAGAUUAUGAUAAAAUAUAUCGUGCAAAAUGCAGCGCAUGCCUCCAACAUAUUAUACCUCCAAAUCAGCUGGUGAUGCGAGCCCUGGAUCAUGUGUACCACAUGCAAUGUUUCGUGUGCGUUGCAUGCGGGCAUCCCUUGCAGAAGGGAGACGAAUUUGUAGUAAAACAUGGCCAGUUAUUUUGCAGAAUGGAUUUCGAGAAAGAAAUGGCUUUAAUGCCUUACAGUCCAAAAAGCGAUGACAGUGAUAGUUAUGAUGACGACAGCGAUUCUGGCAAACCUCCGAAGCGUCCGCGAACUAUUCUGACCACUAGUCAACGCCGGAAGUUCAAGAGUGCGUUUGAAAUGAACCCAAAACCUUGCAGAAAAGUUCGAGAGUCUCUGGCAGCGGAAACAGGACUCAGUGUUCGGGUUGUGCAAGUCUGGUUCCAGAACCAACGUGCUAAAGUGAAAAAGAUCGCUCGGCGUCAGAAUCAAGAUGGUGGGAAAGGGAAGAAGGAUGGAGAAGGGGGAGAUAAGUCAAAAUUAAAAUCUCCUGGAGACAAAAAGGACGAUGAUAGCGAAUCAGAUAGCAGUUUUAUUGGGCACACAGAAAAUAAUGGGUUAGCACAGAAGCAAGACAGUCGGAUGUUUGGUGAACAAAUGACCAACUUCGAUACAGAUCAUUCAGAUUCAGCAUACUCUAGUACAAAUACGAUGUCAAACAACGUUUACAGUAACGGUUCCAUGAACAUGGACGAGAAAAUGGAGUCUAUAGAUCAGAUCUUAAACUCGGACGGUCGGACGAACGGCAUGGCUGUAUCAAACACGUUGAUAAAUCCAAUCGACAAACUUUAUUCCAUGCAGAGCUCAUAUUUUAACGCAGAAUGAAUAGCUGUUAGAGAUGCAGAGGAAUUGACCUUUUUAUCGAGAAAGGAUGUGUUUUCUGUCCAGCUCUUCAGUUAAGGAUGGGCAAGCGAACUUGUUCUUUGGUGAUUCUCUCAGUUUGGAGUCAGUUCGAACGGUCCUUGGAUACAGUCGGCGAUCAGAAGCGUGUUUUAUAAAGCUGUACUUUAGCAAAUAUUCUAGAAGUCCUGAUGUCAGCAACAAACAAGCGAUGUGGAAAGUAGGGAAAUACUGUUUGAACUUUACGGUGUUUAUUGUUAGAAUGGCGAAGUGUGUCGAUGUUGGAUGUUUUAGACACAUGGAUGAGACACUAGUAAAAUCGCUGUGGUUAUUGGGCCAGUCUGUUACAUUGACUCUAAAAUGAUUUGAAGCUGCUGCAGUUUAGAGAUGUUGUCGCAAGUUAUGAAACAGUGGCCUUGUUUAGAAAAAAGAACGUACGCCUUUUCUGAAGAACAAUACAUUUAUUGGUCAGUGACAAUCUUUUAUAGGCGUCUUUGUUGCGUAGUUGUCAGCGAAGGUUUCAAACUACAUACUACCAGCUGACUUUAUUCAUGUCGUUUGAUGGCUAAGUAAAAUGUUAAAUAACAAGCAUGAGAAGUAUAUAUUUAUAUAUGUAACCUACAAUGAAAAGUUUGAGGCCAUGGAUUUUUAAAUUAGCUUGCGGUAGUGCAAUUUUAUUGACUGAUUGGCGUAAUAAUAUUACAUUUAGGUAACUUGUCAAUGUUAAGAAAUUGUUCUUUCGAUUUUGUUGCAAGUUUUGCCGGUAUAGUGUUGUUAUUUAAAUUACUUACAGUCUACAUUUGUACAUACAUUAUGUACCUGAAUACUGUUUCCUAUAUAUUUUGAACUGAGAAAAAGAUUCAGACCAUGCUAUGAUUAUGUAGCUUUUACAAUUCGCAAUACUAGACCAGGACCAGAUUUCGGGGCACGAGUUUCGUGGGUAUUAUUUUGAACAGAAUGCAGUUUUGAUGAGAGCUACAGAUACUCUGCCUGUAGUUUCCUGUCAUAUUAAUUCAUACUUUAAGAAAUCAAUAACACAGCUGCCUACCAGUAUUUGUAAAGUCUUAUGUUUAAUGUCUCACUGCAUUUUUUGGAACUUGUUUUGAAACAGUUUUCAUCAAAUUUGAAAGUUUUUAAUGAUGCUGACAGAACUAUAGAACUGGAAGUAUUGUGUUGCAUAAGAAAAACUUUCAUUAUGAAUUGUUUUAUUUUGCAUUCCACCUACACGUGAAGGCAUUCCAGACAGCACCAAAAUGUGCUAUGUUGUUUGUUUUCAAUAUUUUGUAUGUUUGUGUACUGUUGUGCUAACAUACAGUUUAUAGAGUAUGUAAAGUUUUGUGCAUUUAUUAGGACAGACGGGUAAACAUUUUAUUUAUAGAUGUAAAAAUUGCCUCUACUUCUUUUAAAUGUUUUUUUUUCUUCAGAAUAUAUAUAUUUUUAAAUUGAAAUAAAUAGGCCUAAAUUGUGUGUUUCUUGCCACAUUUUCUUAAUAAUUUGGAAACCAAACAAUGAUGACUUAAUUUCAUGAAACUCAUUUUCUUGUAUGUUCUAUCAUUAUUUAUUUUGUUAUGAUUUUCGUUAUUAGAUUAACUGGCUUUACCUUGUAAUUUUUCAAAAACUAUAGUUUAACUUCAUUGUUGUUAGACCAUUCAGUUGUACUGUUUCCCUACGAGUAUUUAUAGUUAAAGACUAAAUACUGUAAUUCAGCCAAUGAUACGAAGUUUACAGAUUAGCUACUGUUCAUAAAAAUGUUUUUAUAUGGAAAGUAGUAAAACACCUACAAAAUGUAUAACACUUGUUUUCAAGUAGCAUAGAAAAACGGUUUCAUAGCUUGAUAUUAACAAUUUCAUUUUGUUUGAUGACAUUUGUUUAAUACACCAGAUUACAGAUUAAUCGUUAAACUACCAUUUAACAAAGUCACAAAAACACAUCGGAAUUUAGGCAUCAGUCACUAAUACUCGGGCCGAUAUCAUUUAUUUUUUAUACAUAUUUCAGAGCCUGUGUUAUGUGCUUUUUAGAUAUAUAAGUGCAAAUAAAUUGUCCUUUCUUUACUAUUAUUAAUAUCAAUUGUGUAUGUUUUGUGCGUUUAUUUAAUGUUAUUUAUGAAAUAUUGAAAAAAGCUGAAAGAGUAAAAUGUGAAACAGAUACAAACUUUUUUUCCUCACAUUAUAACGUAA